AUGACUCAUCAUUCAUUAAUCAUUCUAACUUUAUUGAUUCUAGUAAUUUCGAAACAUUCAUCUUAAUUUGAUGAUUUAACAUUUUUAUACAAUACAGGUAAUAUACAUUUCUAAGAAAGGAAAUUUUAAAGCGAUCUAUGACUAAUUUUCCUAAUUAGCAAUUUAAGAUACUACAUUUGAACAAUUCAAUAAUAGUAUUGCAAUUAUCUAUUAAAAUCAUGGAGAAAUAGUUCACUCAACAAAUGCAACUAUUGAUAAUAUUUAAAAUUUCUACUUAAUUUCUUUUAAAAAAUCAUUAGGUGCAGGAAUAAUGAAUUGGGCCUACGAUUCAAAUAAAAAGUUAAAUCACUUUCAUAUUAAUCCAUAUUCUAAUAAAUCAAUAAUAUAAUUUUAUGAAGAGAACUUAAACAAAUUUUAGAUUACCAUGUUUUUAGAUAGAUAAUUAUUAGCUAAUACUUACCCUAUAAUUUAAGUUCCAAUUCAAUCUUAUAAUAAAAUUGCUAUACUUGUUGAAUAUUCUAGAUAAGUAUCAAUAAAUUUAAUUAAUCCUUAAACGCAAGUUUAAUUGGAUAAUUUAAAUUUAUAUUAUAUUAAACAUUUUGAUUAUAAUCAUGGAAAAUUCUUAAAUAGUUUAAUUAAUAAACAAUAAAUCACUCUUUAAUUAAUAGCUGAAGGACUUAUAUAGUUUAAUUCUAUUUGUAUAGCAGAAUUUCUCUAAACUUAUUUAGGUAGAGAUUCUAUAGAUUUAACAUUAUAAAAUUUAAAUAUUGAAUAAACAAGCUAAGUUUGGCAUGCUUCAUCUUAUUUAGCAUUUAUAAACAUUAAUAAUCAAAGCCAUUAAGAAUAUAUAGAAAGAAUCGAAAAUUAAACAUAUUUAUAAUUUACUUAACUUUAGAAUUUCAUCCAUAAUUAAUUAAAAUCACAAACUGAUUUAUCAUAUAUUUGGUUAGAGAAUGCUCACUUAGAUUUAUUAGAUGGAAGAGUAUCUAGUAUUAUGGCCAAAUUUUUUACUUAAUCUAAUUCAUAUGAGUAUACUAAACUUUUAGAUGGAAUGUAAAAUGAAUAAUUUAAAUAUCUCUCAUCUUAAGCAUAUUAAAUAUUUCAAAAUUUAAUGAGCAAAUUCAUUUUAAAUUAAAGAUUAGUUUAUAAUGUAGUAUAAAGAGGUUAAUAAUACGAUACUUUUGGAAAUUUAGAAAAUAGUAAUUGUUAUUUAAGUACUUUAUAUUUUGAUUCUACAAAAUCAGGAUAAAAAUAAUUUGGAAUUUUACUUCAUAAACUGGAUUAUGAAAAAGAAUUUAAAUUGUACUAAUCUGCUUUUAGUAUAUUUGUUUAAUUAUUAAGUUCAAAUAAUUCCUACUAUAUUGAAGUAGCUAAAAGAAUAAAUAAUUACAAAACAAUUUAAUGA